AACAGUUUCUUCGAGACUCUGCAUUUCUCUCCUCCCUUUUCUCACUCUUUGCCGGCGCAAUGGCUAGCCUUCAGUCCGUGAUCACCCUUCUGGUCAUAGGAGGGUUUGCCUUCUUUCUCUCCGCCGCCGCCGAAGAUGACAAAUCCAUCCAAGAUCUGCUCCGGGACUACGGUCUUCCUCCAGGGCUCCUUCCCUCUGCGGUGAAUUCCUACGACCUGGAUCGGGAAACGGGACUCCUGGAAGUCCAUCUCGACAGUCCCUGUUUCGCCAAGUACGAUGGAUUGGUGUUUUUCAACCAGACAGUUAGAGGAAAUCUGAGCCAUGGUAGCUUGAAAGGAGUAGUGGGGUUUUCUCAGGAGGAGCUCUUUAUUUGGUUGCCCGUUAAAGAGGUCUUGUUAGCCGAUCCCUCAUCAGGAGUUAUCUUUUUUGAUAUUGGGGUUGCUCACAAGCAAUUAGCGCUCUCGCUUUUCGAGGAUCCGCCCGAUUGCAGCGUGGGAGGAGAAGAUCAACGACAAUUGGCUGUCCAGAUGAUCAGAGGAGGACCUGGAGAAGCUGAAGAAUCCCAGGCGCAAAAAUGAAGAAUGAAAGGCUUCACUUUCCCUGAAUCCUUCUCUGAAAUUCUGGUAUUCCAUUACUUCCCACACUUCUCCUCCUGAAAAUCACUUUUAUUGAGAGACCUUAUACAUAUAUAUGUAUAUAUACUUAGUGUUCAUACUAAUUUGAUAAGUUUCUACUCUUUGUACAUUACUAUUGUAUAUGAAAUUUCACCGAAUUUAGACAAAAUUUUAUAUAUGUGAAUAUCUUAGACAUUACUAUUGUGAU